AUGUCAACCACCAACAAAAUAGAUGCUCAACUAAUAUCGGAUUCGAUUGCUUCUAAAAAAGAUAACGAAGAAUUAGUGAUAACUUAUGGUUUGAAUGACAAAAUUGUAGUGGAGGGGAAAUUAGAUUUAUCCCCCUUCACUAAAUUAAAAAAGCUAAUUCUUGGUCCGGGCAUUUUUUCUAUUUUAGACACCGAUACAGUAAAAGGUUUACCUAUUCAGGAAUUGUCGAUUGAUAGGCCUUUAAACAAGGAAAGAUAUUUUAAUUUACAAAAUUUCCCUAACUUAGUCAAUCUUCAUAUAUUCGGUUACAUACCAUUAGAUAAUUUAGAUCUAACUAACAAUAUUAAAUUAGAAAAAAUUGAACUUCAUGGGGAAACCGCAAAAAAACUUGAUUUGAAUAUUUUUUUCCAUUUGACUAAUUUAAAAAAAUUAGAGUUGGAAUAUAUUAAUGGUUCUUAUAAAGCUUUAGCGAAUUGCCAGCAGUUGGAAUAUUUGAAAAUUGAGGGGGGUUAUCAUUUUGCGAUUCCCAAAGAAGGAUUAGAAUAUUUAGAUUUAGACAGAUUGAAAUAUCUUUAUCUCGGUCGGCAAUAUUUACCAUGCCAAGAAUUAAAGAGUAGUUACUCAAGGACUGGCGUUUUUGAGUCAGGUGAUGCAUUAGGUAAAAUGCUAGAACCUUAUGAUUGGGACGGAGUUGCAAGACAAAAUAAAGAAUCAUCGGACAAAGAUCAACCAAAUACUCAAUGA